AGUCAGAGACAGCAAGAGUCAGAGACAGCAAGAGUCAGAGACAGGAAGGCUUUCAGCUGCAAGCAUCUGCAAGUAUCACCAGGAAAGACGACAAUGGCAGACUUAGUGAAAGCUACCAAAUCGAUUUCCAAAGCUGAGGAUUUCAGAGAUGACACCAAACUGAUAAUGCAGCCAUAUGCUAACUGGGAGGAGUACUUGGUACCUGCCCCAGUCUCCAUAGCCAUUCUGGGGGAGCUGGUCUGUAUCUCCUCUAAUGUAGAUUUCUCCAUCAACAAAAGCCAUCCUAAAGGUGGCUUUCAGUUCAUCAAGUACCCAGACUCAUUCCGAGCCUGUCUUAUGCAAGUGGCUAAUGCUGGAUGGGCGGCAUUCAAUACGGCUCACACGAACAUGGACCAGAUCCGUCUCCACACUGCCAACGUGCCAGCUUACAUCAAGACAACAGUGAAUAUAUUAGUACAGGACAAUGAUGAGCUGAUCCAAACCGUCCUCCCUGACCAACUGGAGAACAUAGCUACUAUAUCAGACGACUGUGUACAACUGGCUGAUCAAACAGAGAAAAAGUUCAUGUUUGUAAUCAGUCUGAUCCAAGAACUUUUAGAAGCUUCUAUAAGUGCAAAGAAGGUAUAUGGUGAUGAACUGGAAGAAGUCAAGGAUAAAAUUGUGGAGAACAAAAUGAAGAAGGAGGAUUCAGAAAGAAGGAAGGAAAGGGCUCAGAAAAGACUUGAGGACAUGAAUAAGCAGCUAGAAGAGGCACAGAAGAGUUUUGAUACAGCAAUGGAUUCAAUGCCAUCUGGGUGGGAAGUGCUUGGGAUGAACUUAGCAGAGGGACUCACAGAAAGAGUAUUCGGUAUUAUGUCAAAUGUGGCAAGUCAGAUGGCAAAGGAAGUGAAAAAUACAGUAACAGACAGUGAUGCCGAUGUUGCUAUGAGUAACAUACUUUCGAAAGCAGGGCAGAUUCUGAAACAUGCUGAAACAUUGAACAGCUUUAUUGACAAACAGCAAAUUAAAUGGUCUGAGAUAUACGAUCAAAAGAAAGACAAAACAAAGACAACAUACGUGGGGGAACAAUAUAAUCAGAUAAAAACCUCAGUGGAGAGUGAGAAAGGCUGUAAAGCCAAAGAGGCUGCACUCAGCAUCUGCACAGACGCCAUUAAGCUGUGCUCUGAGCUCACAGAGAUCGCACCUGACGGGAAAUGUGAAGAUGACAAGACAAAAGACAUGACUGGAAGAAUGCAGGAGCUGUUGAAACGGUGUCAGACAUUUGACUCUCAGAACAAAGCCUUCACAAACACUCCAGUUUUUACUCUUGAACCCCCACAGCAAGCUAAGGAAAGUGGCAAAAAACGGGCAGGUGAGAUGGCGGCGGAGAAUGCCCGUCUCCGCAUAGAGCAGAGUCGAGCUCAGGUGCAAAUGAUGACACAGAAUCAAAAAGAGAAUUUGGACAACCUGGAGAAAAAUCAGAAGGAGCUGACAGACAUUUUAAUCACAUUGCAAAGAUGUGAAGUUAAAGAGAUUGACUUCAACACCACCAUUAAAAUGCUGGUCAAGGGUCUAGAUGCCAUGGGAAGAGUGAAAGAGCAGUGGGAGAAGAUGGUACGCUUCUUUCAGAUGAUCUCAAACAUCAUUAAGACCUGCCUUAGUAGAUCUCUGACUGAUUUUGUCAAACAGUCUCAGAAGGCAUCUCAGAAACAUCUGUCAUAUAACUCAAAAAAGUUCAUGAUAGACCUGAUCUACCAGCAGGCCUUUUACGCAUCGAAUGUAGCCAGUUUGGUUAACAUGAUCUCAGGGACCUACGUUGAGGUUUCUAACGAACACCUGAUGGACCGGAUCAGCAGUCUGGGCAAACUCAUGGCUCUGGAUACCAGCAACCCAGAUUUUGAAAGUGAACGCAGGAAAUUACAAGAUGCCUGCAAAGAAGCUCAAGAAGCAAUAAGAGAUCUUGUGAAGAAGAACAACAACAAAUUUGAUCAGAAGACAAAAGAGAGACUGGAGAAAAUCGAAAGUGAGCUAAAGCCAAUGUUACCCCCAGUGUCUGAGGAGAAAAUGAAAGAGAUGAAAGAAAUAACAGAAUCUGCAUUUAAAGAAAUGAGUCGGGAGGAUGAAGAUCAGUUUGCAUGAAGUUUCUGCUAAAACAUGAAUGAAUCUUAGAAUAAAAAUGGCACCAGAGCAUACAUUUGAAUAACAGAAAUACACAAGCAUGCACACAUAUGUACAUAUGGUCCUCGAUUUCCAAUGGGGUUCUGUUCUUAUGGACCCAUUACAAGUGGAAAAUAUCAUAAGUCAAAUAUGAAUAUGAUGUGAUAAGUAAAUAACUACUGUCACUAAACAAGUAAAUACAUAACUACUAUAACCAAGUACCAGUAAUUGGAAAGUAAAUAAAUGAAUACUGGUUUCUUUGGUUAAAUACAGAAACAAACCUGCAUAAUAUAUUGAUAAACACUGUAUGAGAUGUUUACCCUACAGAGACUGGAAGCGUGGCUGCCUGGAUGCUGUCAUCUCGAACAUCAGAAGAAAGUAUCGUAAGGUUUAUCACUCACCAGGGAACAGAGCAAAAUUCAAAGUUGGCUACUGAAUGUGCAAUUCGACUAU